AUGUACGUUACAGAAUUUAUUGAUUCCAAAAUUAAACAGCGGAGAGUGCUGCUGAUAUCAAAACAAAACUCUCCAGUUUGUCAGACUAUUGAGGGAAUUUUGAGGACAUACAAUCUGAAUAAAGAACAAGCUAACAAUUUUGAAGUACUAUGCAUAGAUUGCAGGAAGGAUUGUACUACGGUAGAAACAUAUUUAUGGCAUAAGCUAAUCUACCGAAACAGACAGGUACCACAUUUAUUUCUGGAUGGCAAACACAUAGGAGGAGAACCAGAAAUAAAGCGUCUACAUGAGAGCGGCGAAAUGAGACGAAUAUUUAAGGAAGCAGGUCUUUGA